GGUCGGGAGAGAGGCUUGGAGGGGCCUCGGGCUAGGGCGGAGGGCGGAACCUUCGGGCCGGGCACGGUCGGCUCGCCGGAAGGAACGGUGGGGCCAGCGCUCGGUGCACGCGAGACCGAGAAGGGCGGCCGGGCCGGGGCAACUCAGUGGGCUUCAGCCCCCCGCAGACACCGGACGGGGCGCCCCCAGUCCGGCCCGGCUAAGACCGCGCCCCGCCCCAGGGCGCGGAAAGACCGGAGGGUCCAGCGCCGGCUUCCGCGGGACCUCGUGCGGCCGCACUGCGCCCUGUGUCCCGGCGCGGGGCAGCGAGCGCGGCUUGGGCCUGCUCCCGGGUGUAGGUUUCAGGUGUCCAGCUCAAUAAAACAUCAUCUGCACACUGCAUCGUGGGCCCAUCACCUCAAGCAAAGUUUUCGUCCCCAUUUCCUCUGUGUUCUUGCUGUUCCUGUGACACCAACCCAACCUCCAGCUUCUAGUGGGACGUGGCAGAGCAGUUACUGAGCUGUAUGACGCUGGCUCCCCGUCUCAGCACACUGCAUCUCACUCCAGUGCACUUCCAAUUUUUUCCAGUGUCUACUGCAAGGCACUGCCAGAUGCUGAGAACAGUACACACACGCACAGGACGUGAUUCUCACCCUUAAGGAACUUACGCAGUCUGAUGGCAGGAUUUCUAUAGUAUAUCUAGUAUGAGUUCCACAUCUUGGCCUCUUAUCCAACUUCAGCAGUCUCAUCUCCACCAUCUGGAGAAUAAAUGGGAUAUUUGCAUGAAUUCCAGACUCUGAACUGAAAUAGACUGCAGUGUUCAUAUUCUUUUCUUGUUAUUAUUAACAGCUCCUCAGAAAAUUAAAUGUCGGCAGAAGACCGAGAAGCCCAGGAGGAUGAAUUGCUGGCCCUGGCGAGUAUUUAUGAUGGAGAUGAAUUUAGAAAAGCAGAGUCUGUCCAAGGUGGAGAAACAAGGAUCUAUUUGGACUUGCCACAAAAUUUCAAGAUAUUUGUGAGCGGCAAUUCAAAUGAGUGUCUCCAGAAUAGUGGCUUUGAAUACACCAUUUGCUUUCUGCCUCCACUUGUGCUGAACUUUGAACUGCCACCAGAUUAUCCAUCCUCCUCCCCACCUUCAUUCACACUUAGUGGCAAAUGGCUGUCACCAACUCAGCUGUCUGCUCUCUGCAAGCACUUAGACAACUUGUGGGAAGAACACCGUGGCAAUGUGGUCCUGUUUGCCUGGAUGCAGUUUCUUAAGGAAGAGACCCUAGGGUACCUGAAUAUUGUCUCUCCUUUCGAGCUCAAGAUCGGUUCUCAGAAAAAAUUGCAGAGAAGGACGGCUCAAGCCUCUGGCAACACAGAGCUAGAUUGUAGAGGAGCAGCUGGAUCUGCUGUAGACCAAGAAGAAGUUGUGGAUGAGAGAGCCGUGCAGGAUGUGGAAUCGUUGUCCAGUCUGAUCCAGGAAAUCUUGGACUUUGAUCAAGCUCAGCAGAUAAAAUGCUUUAAUAGUAAAUUGUUUCUGUGCAAUAUCUGUUUCUGUGAGAAGCUGGGUAGUGAAUGCAUGCACUUCUUGGAGUGCAGACAUGUGUACUGCAAAGCCUGUCUGAAAGACUACUUUGAAAUCCAGAUCAAAGAUGGCCAAGUUAAAUGCCUCAACUGCCCAGAACCCAAGUGCCCUUCAGUGGCUACUCCUGGUCAGGUCAAAGAGCUAGUAGAAGCAGAGUUAUUUGCCCGUUACGAUCGGCUGCUUCUCCAGUCCACCUUGGACCUGAUGGCAGAUGUGGUGUACUGCCCCCGCCCAUGCUGCCAGCUGCCUGUGAUGCAGGAGCCUGGCUGCACCAUGGGCAUCUGCUCCAGCUGCAAUUUUGCCUUCUGUACCUUAUGCAGAUUGACCUACCACGGCGUCUCUCCAUGUAAGCUCACGGCAGAGAAAUUAAUAGACUUACAAAAUGAGUACCUGCAAGCAGAUGAGGACAAUAAAAGAUUUCUGGAACAGAGGUAUGGUAAGAGGGUGAUUCAGAAGGCACUGGAAGAAAUGGAAAGUAAAGAGUGGCUAGAAAAGAACUCAAAGAACUGCCCAAAUUGUGGGACUCCCAUAGAGAAAUUAGAUGGAUGUAACAAGAUGACAUGUACUGGUUGUAUGCAAUAUUUCUGUUGGAUUUGCAUGGGUUCUCUCUCUAGAGCAAACCCUUAUAAACAUUUCACUGAUCCUGCUUCCCUGUGUUUUAACCGGUUGUUCUAUGCUGUGGAUGUUGAUGAAGAUAUUUGGGAAGAUGAGAUUGAAGAAGACUAGUUCAUUCCUCCUGCUCAAGACAUGGAAGUGAAAUGGUUUGCCCUGAUCUUUUGCUGAGUAUACAGAGUAACUCAGGAUAUUUGCAGGAUAUUUAGGGUUACCAUUCAUUCACGCUUCCAAUGUAGAAGAUGAGGAGAAUGAGGUUUACAUUUUCAUGUGGCACUACUGACUACGGCACAUUCAUACAUUUGUCAGUGUAACAUAAUGGAGAAAAUUAUAAGCCAAAGGUUCAGAAAAUGAAAACUAAGGAAUAUUAAAUAUUAUUAUGUUCCCGAAACUCUGAAUAGUUAAAAAUUUAAAUAUUUAUUUUUUUCCCCAAGCUUUAGGUAAGGAGAAGGGGUCAAGAGUUCAACUUACAGACCUUUUUAUCUCUGAGAAUCAUCCCUUUAAACUUCUGAGGGAGUCUCCUUACGGCUGGGGUGGUUAGAAGCCUUAUUAAAAUUGUACAAAGAGCCUGAUCUUACUCCAUGUUACAUUCCUUCCAACCUAAAUUUCUGCUGAGUUCUUUUUGGAGGGAACCCUUUAUAGCCGAUUGGAUGGCCCAGUGCCAUUUUGAUCUGCUUUUAAGAAUAGAAAUUUAUAAUUUAAAAAAUAUUCUAUAAUACCACAAAUAAUGUGGGUCACCUGAUACUGCUUUUCAGAAUAGAAAUUUAUAAUUUAAAAAAUAUUCUAUAAUACCACAAAUAAUGUGGGUCACAGAUAUAGCAGGUGGUAUAUAGUUCACUGAUGCUGAGCCGAAUUUGUUAUUUAAUGACACUGGCUCAGAAGAAUUUCAGCGCUGUUCAGCUUUCCUGAGCAGUAGAGCCUAGAUUCAAAACAACUUUGUCUUUGCCACCUUCAUUCUACAUUCUCUCUUUUACCUCACCCAGCCUUCUGUUGGUAAGGACAAUUUUAAUAUCAACUCCAUCGGCUCCUAUUUUUAUUUCUGUUGCUGGAAUAAGAGGAAGCCUAAUAUAUUCAUUCCCAAGCUGAACAAGCUGAGCUUCCAAUUAUGUGCUUUUUGAACUCCACACUACUGUAGUUCAGUCCUAACUUUCUAAAUUCUUUCUAUAGGUCUUCUCUAAUGUGCUUUGGGAGUUUGGUUUCCCACCUGUUUUUUGCAACAGCACCGUUUUGGAGGAUAAUUUUGGCUUGCCUAGAUCCCUAUUUCAGGGUUUUGUUGGCUUUUUGAAAAAUUGUCUUUCCUUUUGGUUUGGUAGCAAAAUAAGAUUUUUUUGAAAAGGGCAGAAUUCAGCUGCAGCUAUGAAAAUGUUUUUUCCUACCUUGUCACUGAAAAUUGGGGAAUCAUUUUUAACCAUUUUAUGUGUGUGUAUCCAAAGAGUCAGCAGUGACUAUUUCUGGAUUGUCAAUGAGGAUGCUUAAUCUUAAAAAUAAAAGUAACUUAAAAAUUGUCUUAUAAUUAGA